CCGUCGCCCGUUUCUCCACUCCCACUUCAGUGACACACUGCCAUUUCCUUCCUCGAGAGCAAAGGCUCCGCGCUCAUGGAGUUGAAGUUGGAACCCCCAAACCUUCUUCUUCUUCUUCUUCUUCUGUAAGGAGUCAAGGACAUUGCCGUCUAUGGCUUGCAGUCGUCGUCGCCGCCGGAGAGAAGAUGGAGCUGCCGAGCGGGAGGUGGCGACCAGUCCUCGUCUUGGGAGACGGAGCUUCUUCAAGAUCAUACUCUCCGACGCGCUUGAAUCUGGAAAGCUUGGAAUUCCAAAGAGUUUCUUGAGAAGAUGUGGAAAUGAUCUCUCAAACUCGGUGCUUCUCAAGGUUCCAGGCGGUUCAACCUGGACUAUAGGGCUAGAAAAGUGUAACAAUGACAUGGUUUUGUUGUGGAAAGGGUGGCAGGAAUUCAUGGAGCAUUACUCCAUUGGUCAUGGUCACCUCCUAGUUUUCAAAUAUAGAGGGAACUCCACUUUUCACGUAAUAAUAUUCAAUAAGAGUGCUUCAGAGAUAAAUUAUUCCUCAAGCAGUGGCAAAACAUCAUACCGUGGGAGCGAACUUCCCUCACCUGAAACAGAAGAUGUUGUAGAAACAGAAGAUCUGGAGGAUGUCACACCCCAUCAAAUAAUGAGGAAUGAGCCACCUUUACCUUAUUCUCAGCUUAGUCCGAGCAACUCACCACAAGGGUCCGAAGUUCCUAUUGAUACUGACCCCGAACAACCACAUCUGUCUCAAGCUCAAGCUGACCUGACAGAUAGAAUUAAACAGCCUACAUGCAGAGCGAGCAGUUCUGAGCUGGGCUUUCAUGGUCCUACACUUCCAAGACCUCUCACUACUCCUGAAUUUGCCUGCAAAGUUGAUUCCGAACAUCCCUUUUUCAAAAAGGUGAUCCGGCGAUGUUAUAUGGAUAAACUGUAUAUUCCAGGUGGAUUCAUCAAGCAGCAUAUUCAGGAAAAGCAUAGAGCAACUCUUAGGUAUGCCAACAGAUCAUGGUCAGUGAGGCUCAUCAGGUGCAACAGACAUGUCAGAGGGGCUCUGUUUCUGUCCUUUUCUGCUGGUUGGAGUGCAUUUGCAAGAGACACUCAUCUGGGCAUAGGAAAUGUCUGCGUGUUCAAGCUAAUUGAUAGGAAUGAUAUUGUGUUCGAAGUCUCCAUUUUGAGUGUUCAGUGCAGGAACAAACUGUCUAAACGAAGAUUGAAUCAUUAUGAGCUGUCUUUUCGUGGUCCUACACCUCCAAAGCCCCUCAAUACUCCUGAAUUAGCCAGUGAAUUUGAGUCGGAGCAUCCCUUCUUUAAAGUGGUGAUACAGCAAUGGCAUGAGAGUAAAGUGAACGUACCUGGUCACUUUGCCAAGCAACAUAUUCAAGAAAACAAGGAAAUGGUGACUCUUAGGUUUUCAGACAGAUCAUGGCCAGUGAGGCUGCUAAGCUAUUGGGAGGAAACCCGGAUGUCCUUCUCUACUGGUUGGCGUGCAUUUGCAAGAGAAACUCACUUGUGUGUGGGAAAUAUCUGUGUGUUUGAGCUCAUUGAUAGGGAUGAUGCUGUAUUCCAAGUCUCUGUUUUCAGCAGUGCCGCUUGUGUCGAUACCGACCCCGAAGAACCAGAUUUGCCUCGAGCUCAAGCAGAUUCGACAGAAAGGAUCCAACAGUCUAUAUGCAGAGUGAGCCCUUCGGAGCUGGUUUUUCAUGGUCCUACACUGCCAAAGCCUCUCACUCCUGCUGAAUUAGCUUGCAAAUUUGAUUCGGAACAACCCUUUUUCAAAACGGUGAUCCCGCGAUCUUACAUGUCUUGCCUGAGUAUUCCGGGUGGAUUCAUCGAGCAACAUAUUCAGGAAAACAAGGGAAUGGCAACUCUCAGGUUUUCAGGCAAAUCAUGGCCGGUGAAGCUCCUAAGCUAUACUGAGACCAGAACAAGAAAAAAUCUCUUAAGCUACACUCAGACCAGAAAAACAGAAAGGAUCUUAAGCUAUACUCAUGAAACCCGGGUGUUCUUCUCCUCUGGUUGGGCUGCAUUUGCCAGAGAAACUCAUAUGCGUGUGGGAAAUAUCUGUGCGUUUGAGCUCAUCGAUAGGGAUGAUGUUGUGUUCCGAGUCUCCAUUUUCAGUACUGCCGGUAAGGAUCCGAUUCAAUCCGGGUGUUCUGAGCCGGAUUUUCAUGGUCCUACCCUCCCAAGGUCUCUCACAUCUCUCGAAUUAGCCAGCAAUUUUGAUACGGAGCAUCCCUUUUCUAUGGUGAUGCCGCGAUCUUACACGAGUUACCUGCGCAUUCCGGUUGGAUUUGCCGAUCACCGUAUUCAGGACAACAAACAAAUAGCGGCUCUUCGGUAUUCGGACAGAUUGUGGCCGGUGAAGCUCACUAGGAGGAGCCCUGCACGGGCUGGAGGGACUCUAUAUCUGUCCUUCACUGCCGGUUGGCGUGCAUUCGCAAGAGAAACUCUUCUGCGUGCUGGAGAUGUCUGCAUGCUUGAGCUCAUCGAUAGGGACGAUACCGUGUUCGAAGUCUCUAUUUUGAGCGAGGCGGAUAAUGACCCGAUUCAAGUAGAUUGAGAUGAACAU